AUGAUUAUCAAAAAAAUUCUCUGUAUAAAUAGCAGGAAACAGAAACUACCGCCAGGUCCAAAACCGUGGCCUAUAAUUGGUAAUCUUCCUGAGAUACUUUUAAACAAGCCUGUAUCUAAAUGGAUAUACAAGAUUAUGGAAGAAUUAAACACCGAAAUAGCAUGUAUCCGUCUAGGAAAUGUCCACGUUAUACCUAUUACUUCCCCAGAUCUUGCUUGUGAAAUCUUAAAAAAACAUGAUGCUACUUUUGCAUCAAGACCAUUAACCAUGUCCACUGAUAUUGUCUCCGAAGGUUAUCUGACAUCAAUUGUCGUACCUUUUGGAGAACAAUGGAAAAAAAUGAGGAAAAUCAUCGCAAGCGAAUUGUUCUCGCCCUUAAGGCAUCAAUUUCUUCAAGACAAAAGAAAUGAAGAAGCUGACAACCUUGUGUCUUAUGUCUACAACAAUGGUGGCCUUGUGAAUGUUAGGGUUGCUUCAAGACAUUACUGUGGGAAUGUGUAUAGGAAAUAUUUUUUUAGUAGAAGGUAUUUCGGAAAAGGUAUGGAAGACGGAGGGCCUGGCGUUGAAGAAAUAGAACAUGUAGAUGCUGUUUUUUUAUUGCUUAAGCAUCUUUAUGCUUUCUCUGUAUCUGAUUAUGUUCCAUGGUUAGGGGUGGUGGAUUGGGAUGGACAUAAGAGGGAGGUGAAAAAAGGAAUGGCUAUAAUGAAGAAGUAUCAUGAUUCUAUUGUUGAAGAGAGAUUCAAAGAGUGGAAUGAUGGAUCAAAGACCGUUGAAGAGGAUUUGUUAGAUGUUAUGAUCUCAUUGAAAGAUGUUAAUAAUAAUCCAUUAUUAACAUUGAAGGAAGUUAAAGCACAGGUUACGGAAUUGAUUUUGGCAGUGGUGGACAAUCCAUCAAAUAUAGUUGAAUGGACAUUAGCUGAAAUGAUAAACCGCCCAGAAUUGAUUCAAAAAGCCACAGAAGAAUUGGAUAAAAUAGUUGGGAGAAGUAGAUUGGUCCAAGAAUAUGACAUUCCUCAGCUCAAUUUUGUGAAAGCUUGUGCCAAAGAAUCAUUACGCCUCCAUCCAACAGUGGCUUUCAAUGUUCCACAUGUCUCUAUGAACGAUACACUAGUUGGAAGUUACUUCAUACCAAAGGGUAGCCAUGUGAUAAUAGGAAGAGACGGUCUUGGAAGAAACCCAAAAGUUUGGAAAGAACCUUACGAGUACAAACCUGAACGCCAUCUCAAGAAUGAUGAGUCUGAUGUGACACUGACAGAGCCAAAUUUGAAGUAUUUAGCCUUUAGUGUAGGGAGGCGUGGUUGUCCUGGUGUGAUGCUUGGCACUACAAUGACUAUUAUGCAAUUGGCUAGGUUGCUACAUGGCUUCACUUGGAGUGCACCUGACGAUACAUCGGGUAUCAACCUUGUUGAGGCUGAAGGUGAUAUGUUUCUGGCUGAGCCACUUCUGGCAGUAGCAAAGCCAAGACUAGCAUUAAAUUUGUACAACUUUUUAUUGAAGUGA